AACACCGACGCGAUAUAAGUGUCAACAAAAUAAGCAUGUAAAAGAAACUCAAACAAAACAAGACAGGAGAUUUACUCAGAUCCAGAAGACGAACCGUUCACGUGGCGUGAUAAUUCAGUAUGGUGGACAGUGUUUACCGUACACGCUCUCUCGGUGUAGGUGUAGUUGGUCUUCCUGAUCAGUAUGCCGACGGUAAAGCAGCGAAAGUGUGGCAGCUGUACAUCGGAGACACUCGGAGCAGGACAGAGGAGUACAAGUGCUGGUUGCUGUCCCUGCUCAGAAAACAUGGGGUACAGAAGGUGUUGGAUGUAGCCUGCGGCACAGGGGUGGAUUCCAUCAUGUUGGUAGAAGAGGGAUUUAAGGUGGUUAGUGUGGAUGCCAGUGACAAAAUGCUCAAAUAUGCUCUUAAAGAGAGAUGGGAGAGGAGAAAAGAGUCUGCCUUUGAUAACUGGGUAAUUGACGAGGCCAACUGGCUAACGUUACCAGAAGAUGUUAAAAAACCUGGAGAUGGGUUUGAUGCAGUAAUCUGUCUAGGCAAUUCAUUUGCUCAUUUACCAGACUUCAAAGGGGACCAGAGUGAACAGAAGCUUGCCUUACAAAACAUAGCCAGAAUGGUGAAACCUGGAGGGAUCCUAAUCAUUGACCACCGUAACUAUGAUUACAUCCUUGAGACUGGCCAAGCACCCCAAGGAAAGAAUAUUUACUAUAAGAGUGACCUAAAACAGGACAUUUCCACCUCAGUGCUGUGGGUUAAUAGGAAGCCUCACAUGAUCACACUGGACUACACUCUGGAACUGCCUCAACUAGUGGAUGUUCAGACUCCACCUGAUACAAGGUACUGUGACCUAAGCUUCUAAUGGGGUCAGUUUUUG